AUGCACAAUUCCAAGUGCGCCAAGGAGAGCAAGCGCGACGCCAACUCCAUCGCCUCAGCCAAGAAGCUGACAUUGGCGACCAAGUACAAGGAGCUGGAGCUCCACGGCCUGGCUGACAUGGGCGUCAAGCUGCAGGAGUCUAGCACCGAGGUGCAGCAACUGGAGCGGGAGACCCGCAUCGCCAUGUUUCGCGCGCGCGGCCUCGCGGGCAACGUCAGCCACGACUUCGAGGCCCCCCGGGGCGCCAUCGUUCUCGCGGCAGAUGGGCACCUCAAGAUGAAGAAGCCGUGGUCUGGAGCCCCCGCCAACGAGGCACUGGAUCGCAACGUGCUGGCCCGACACCUGCCCAGCGGCCGCAGGCGGACGGCCCCAGAGGGCCCCGACGUCGCCGAGAGGGCGUUGACCCAGCAGGGCCGCUGCCUGGCCAAGCGGGGGCCCUGCCUUGCCGCCGAUCGGAGGGAGGCCCCCAGCGUCCAGGCGGCCGAAGGGGGCCACGUCUGCGCCACG